AUGAGUGACCCUGCCCAGCCCACACUCCUGCAGGAGGCAGUGCAGAGGCUGCUGAAGAAUGAGGCCUUGGCCAUCUGUGCUCUAGAUGACCUGCCUGUGGAGUUCUUCCCACCACUGUUCAAGGAGGCCGUCACUGGCAGACAGACUAACAUGGUGAGGGCGAUGGUGGCAGCCUGGCCAUUUCACUGCCUCUCCAUGGGGACUCUGAUGGAUACCUCACACAUGGAGACUUUGAAGGCUGUGCUCCAGGCCCUGGAUUUUCUGGUUACACACAAGGUUCGCCCCAGCAGGUGGAAACUCCAAGUGCUUGAUUUGCAGAGAGUGCACCAGGACUCCUGGGAUGGACAGGCUAGAGCCAUAGAUGUCAGCUUCACCCCACAGGCCCCGAGUCAAGAGGAAACUAGGGAACAGGAUCCAAAGUGUGUGGUGAAGUGGCCCUUGAGGGUGUUAGUGGACUUUGACCUCUGUGGGGAGUGCCUCAAGGAAGCUGACAAAUGCCUGUUAAAGUGGGCCAGGCUGAGAAAAGGCUCAGUGCAGCUGUGUUGUAGGGAGCUGAAGAUCACAGCAUCACAUGUCUACACUGUCAGAGAGGUCCUCAAAAUUUUAGGCAGAGACUGUGUCCAGGAAUUGGAACUGAAUUCCUGGUGGCAACAGGGAAGCCCUGACUGGUUUGCACAUUACCUGGAGCAGCUGGGAAAUCUUUGCACUCUCCCUCUGCUGGGAAUCUUCAAGAAGGUCUUCAGUGGGGACUUUGCUCCACCAGACAUGAAGAAGUGUGUCACCAAGACCAUUCCUCAGUUCCCCCAUCUCCAUCUCAAUUGUGUCCAGAAUCUCUAUAUGAAUGACAUCUACUCUCUAAAAGGCAACUUGAAAACAUUGCUAAGGUACCUAGAGACUCCCUUGGAGACCCUGUCCAUCACUCAUUCCCAGCUCUCCAACACAGACUUGGACCAUCUACCCUUGAGUGUAAACCUACAUCAGCUCAUACACCUGAAUCUCAGUGGUGUGGUGUUGUCCCAUUUAAGUACUGGGCCCCUCCAUGUUCUCCUGGAGCAAGUUGCAUCCACUCUGAAGACCCUGGAAUUGGAGGGCUGUAGGAUGAAGAUCUCCCAGCUCAGUGCCCUCCUGCCUGCCUUAAGCCAGUGUACACAGCUCACUAAGAUCAACUUCUAUGACAAUGUCAUCUCCAUGGCUGUCCUUCAAGACCUGUUUCACCACACAGCAAAUCUGAGUCAGCUGACCCUGGAGCUGUACCCUGCCCCUUGGGAGUGCUAUGAUGGCAUGGGUCAUGUCCUUGAAGACAGAUUUGCCCGACUUUGUCCUGAGCUCAUGGAUAUUCUCAGAACUAUAAGGCUGCCCAAAUCGGUGUGCUUUGCUGCAGGUGCCUGUUUUGUUUGUUAUGACUAG